UAUGUUUUCCUUUCAUCCCUAAGCCAGCCUAACUUGUGCAUUACAAAACAUAGGCUGCUAAAUUUACUGCCAGUAGUUAUUCAUUUUAAUUUCAUUAACAGCGUUUUAAAUAAAAUGGCCGACUUCAAAAUGAAACAAGACAACAAACGUGUCGGCAGUCGAUCUCCAAGCCCACGUGCAGGUCGCGAUCGUGUGGAAAGAAUAAGCCUUAAGAAGGAACGACCUGCUCCGUAUCACAGAAAUGGUCGUGAUCAUCCUCCUGGAGGAAGAGCGAGGAAUCCUCCAUUUCCGCGUGUCUUCGUCAACAACAUACCAUAUGAGGAAAAAUGGCAGGCCAUAAAAGAUUUAUUUCGAAGCAAAGUUGGGGAGGUGACUUACGUGGAGCUCUUUAUGCAGGACAAGGGUAAAUCUCGGGGUUACGGUGUGAUUGAGUUCAAAGAUAAAGAGACGUGUCACAAAGCUGUGGAACUCAUGAACAGAUAUGAAAUUAACAACAGGAAAAUUGUUGUGAGGGAGGAUUUUCAUGGAGAUUUGGUACGGAAGAAUCUAGAAAGAGACGGACACCCAAGACCCCAUGACAUGAGGGGGCCACCACCCAUGCAUAACAUGCCCCCACCCAUGGGUGGACACCAAGGUCCCAUGCCACCCAUGCCCCCACCCAUGAACGAUAUGAACAGGGGGCCAAUGGGAAUGAAUAAGCCAAUGCCUGACAUGGGACGACCAGGACCAAUGGGAAAAACUGUUUUCGUGGCAAACCUCGAUUACAAGGUAACGUACUCGAAAGUAAAAGAAGUGUUUCAGCUUGCUGGGAAAGUGGUUAAAGUUGAACUUAUGUUAGAUAAAGACAAUAAGAGCAGAGGAAUGGCAACUGUUACGUAUGAAGAACCAAUGGAAGCAGCACAAGCUAUAUCAAUGCUUAACAACCAACGUUUGUACGAUCGUAUCAUGAUAGUGAAGAUGGACAAAGAUAAUUCUAAAGAGAAGAAAUUAGAAUUACCAAGUGGUCUAGCUGGUAUAGGUCCAGGUAUAUCAAGGAACCCGCCAAGACCAGACAUGGGUGUUGGUGGUAUGGGUGAUGGUAUGAUGAACAAAUUCCCUCCUUCCAUGAUGUCCAACCCUGCACCAGUACCUUCAUUGGCUGGUGGUUUGCCAGGUUUAGCUGGCUUAGGUCUACCUGGUAGUCUUGCAGCAGUUACAGAUCUCAUGAAAGCAGGAGGAUUAGGACUCGGAGGUUUAGCGAGUCUUGCCGGUAUCAAUGACAUCACAAAACAUCUCGGACUUCGAGAUCCUAUGGAUCAGAGGAUGUUGCAAGAUCAAAGAAAUCGUCUUCUUGCCGCAACCAGAGGAUUUUCAGAGCGGGAUCGAAUUGAAAUGACACACUUCGACAGGGACAUAGCGUCCGUGGACAAUCGCAUACGCGACCUGGACCGCUCACUCGCCGAACGGAGCAGCAGUCUAAACUCCACCAAUCUCCCUCAAUCCAAACAAACAUCCAUGCCCCCACCGAUGCGCAAUGGUAACAGAGUCCCAGGAACCACGGUGUUCGUCCGUAAUCUGCCCUACAGUUUAACGUGGCAAAAGCUGCGUGACAAGUUCACCAGAUGCGGUCACGUGCUCUUCGCGGAGAUCAAGAUGGACAACGGGAAGUCACGUGGUUUCGGUAACGUCCGCUUCGAGACAGUGGAGCAGGCCCAAGCAGCAGUGCGAUAUUUCAACGGAGCCGAAAUCGAAGGACGAAACAUCGAUGUUCAUGUUGAUAAUCGAGGUUGAUGGACGUGUGACGUCAUCACUGCGGAAUUAACUCUCGGCCUGCCGACGCGAAACAACAGCUGUAAAUAUAUUGUUUGUAAAUCCCGACGAACAAUAAAAAAAUGAAUGUCUUUUGAA